AUGAAGCACACUUUAGCUGGGUUGUGGAAGCCGGGAAAAGGCUUGUUUGUCAAGGAAAUGAAGCCUAACCUUUAUCUAUUUCAGUUUUACCAUGAGAUCGAUAUCAAGCUGGUUAUUAAUGGCAGCCCUUGGACAUUCAAUCGGCUACCAUUGAUCUUUGGUAGAGUCCCGCGGGGUGGAGAUCCGAAAGCUGUAAAGCUUAAUCAGAUUGAUAUGUGGGUGCAGAUUCAUGGUCUUUCUACGGGAUUUAUGAAGAAGAAGGUUGUUUCUACAGCUGCAAACUAUAUUGGAUCCUUUGUUGAAUCGGAUCCUAAGAACUAUAAUGGUCUUUGGCGUGAAUAUCUUCGGGUAAGAGUGACGGUGAACAUUGAUAUUCCUUUGAAACGGCUUAUGAAGCUUAAGAAAACAGGUGGUGAUUGGUUUUAUGCCAAUUUUAAAUAUGAAUUUGCUCCUACGUUUUGUUUUAUAUGUGGUUUAAUAGGACAUUCCAAAAACUUUUGUCACAAGUUAUUUGAUACACCUAAGGAUGAGAUAGUUAAGCCAUAUGGGAGUUUCAUGCGUGCGCAACCACGGAGAAAAAAUUAUCUACUGAGUUCUCAGUAUUUGCGUACGGGCACGGAUUCGGAUGAACAAUUUGUCCAGGCUUCUCCGGUGCGACAGGAAGAUGAGUCCGACAAGCCGCCGGUGCAAAGUGGGAAGUUUCCCUGCUUGGAAUUCGAAAUUAAUCAACAGUCAAAGGGGGGUAAUGAUGUUCCUGAUUUGGGGGUUGAUGGGAAUAUUCCUAUUAAUGAGAAUUUGAAUAAUCCUGGAAACAAAAAGAAUGUUUCCAAUUCUAGUGCCACUGAAAGAGGAAAGUCGGUUGUUUUUGGAAAUCAUGUGCAAGGUGGGAAAGGGCAACCUUCUCUUUUUCUUGGUGGACUUAUCAGGCCACAUGGAGGACAAGGGGGCCGUGGGCCUUCUACUGAUUCUAAGAGAAGGCGUCAACAUGAAGGGGUAGGUGGGCCUGAAUAUGUUGAUAUGGAUGCAGAGGAUAGUGUUGAAUUGGAUGUUAAUGGACUCUCAAAAAACGAGUUCGAGGUGGGCUCUGAUGUGUUGGAGCGAGUUCGAGUGAAGCUGAAAUUUGGAGGGGUGUUUGCGGUUGAUGCAUGUGGAAGAAGUGUGGGGGUAGCUUUGUUAUGGAGGAACAAGGAUGAUGUCAAAGUUCUGAAUUUUGCAACAAACUUUGUUGAUGUAGAGGUUCGGUCUAGUAAUAUUGGGGAGUGGCGUCAUACGGGAUUUUAUGGGGAGUCAAAAAGAAAUCUGCGUGGGUCUUCUUGGGAGCAACUUCGGACGUUGGCUCAUGGGAAUACUCUUCCUUGGUGUGUGAUUGGUGACAUGAACAAUGUUCUCUCUCAGGAGGACAAAAGAGGGGGACACCCCUAUCCCAACUGGUUAAUUGAUGGCUUUCGGGAUAUUCUUCAGGAGUGUGGUUUGAUUGACUUAGACAUUGUGGGGCAUCAGUUUACUUGGGAGAAGAGUCGUGGUACGGAUAACUGGAUAGAGGUUCGUUUAGAUCGUGCUUUGGUCACUGAAAGGUGGCUCCAACUCUUCCCUUGGGCCAAACUUAUUAAUCUUGAGGUAUCUUCUUCUGAUCAUUGUCCUAUUUUACUUGAUGUGGUUAUUCAUAAUAUAGUCUCUAGGAAUUGUAAAUUUUGGUUCGCAAAUUGUUGGCUUCGGGAACCACUCUCUUAUCAAGUAGUGAAGGAGUGUUGGGAGGAGUAUUAUUUAGUGGGUAUCCAAGAGAAGAUCCAAAGGUGUGGGGAGUUUCUCUCGGUUUGGGGAAAAGAUUACUCGGGUAAUUUUGCUUCUCAUUUAAAAUAUUGGAAGAAUGAGGUGAGGCGUUGGAAACAAGGUAGAGAUCCGGAUGCUAUUGCUAAGUAUAAGGAGGUUGAGACAGAACUUUUAGAGGUUCUUACUCAGAAGGAGGUUUUUUGGCGCCAACGAUCGAAACAAUUGUGGUUACAAGAGGGGGUUAAAAUUAGCAAGUUUUUUCAUGCAACAGCUUCUUCUCGGCGCCGUAUGAAUGCUAUUGAUAAACUUCAGUGCGAAGAUGGAAGUUAG